AAUCCCUUUCUCUCUUCACAACCAAACAAACACUUCUCUCUCUCCUCUUCUCUUCUCCUUUCUUUUCUUUCUCUCCCCUCGUAGAAACCGGUCGGUUUCACAUUCAGACAGACCUAUAUCAUUAUAUUCACGAACAGAACUUUAACUUUGAGUUUGUCUUUUCAUACCUUCGUUACUCACAAUUAGACAAACGUAUAUUGUUACGUACGAUCCAACCCGGAUAAUAAUGGAAAUUGAGUUGAGUGUACCUCAAUUAGUGGUAAAAAAAUUAUGGAACAUAGUGAGAAUUGUGUUCUAUAUGUUGAGGAAAGGAAUGUCAAAGAGCAUACAUAUUGCUCUUCAAGACAUGUUAAAAAGAGGAAAAAUUGCUGGAAAGGCCAUUAGCAACAUCAUGUUACACCCUCACUAUUCAUCAUCUUCCUUCACAUGUAAAUCUAACAACGAUGUUGCCAUGUCAUUUGUCACACGUCGUGAAUAUGAGUUCAGUUGUAGCAAUAGCCCUGCUUUUCCUCUGUAUUUUGCCAACAAACGUAGAAGAAAUCAUAGGUACAAAUCAGAGGAAAUUGCCGUUAUGCAAAAAGUAUUUGAGAUGUUAAAUACUACUACUAAUACUACAAAUUAUGAUGCUGCUGUUGCCUCACCUUUGGCAUUGCCUGGAUUUGGAAAAACUCCAAAUGUUAGACAAUUAAGAGUGACUGAUUCACCAUUUCCUUUAAAAGAUUCAGAGGAGAAUAAUAAUUCACAAGUUGAUAAGGAUGCUGAAGAGUUUAUUAAGAAUUUUUACAAGGAUUUAAAGCAACAAAAGAAGAUAGCAGCUCUUGAAUCUCCAUCUCCUUAUCAUGUUUGUGCUAGAUGAAGAAAUUAGUUUUUUUUUUUUUUUUUUUUUUUUUUAAGUUUUUGGGACUAGUGGUUCCAUGGCCUGCAACAAUUGACUACCUUCAACGUCUCACAAAGUCAGCAUUUGGUACGGACCUUCAAAAUGAACUUUUUGGCACGAAAUUGGAUUAGUCGAAUCUACAAGAUACUGGAUGAAAAAUAAAAAAGUAGUAUAUUACUAUUAUUUUUUCACUUUUUCAAGUUUUUUUUUUCUGUGUUAUGAAGUUGAAGGUGGGGCGUUAGUUUGCUUGAAGAGAUGUAUGUAAACCAAAAAGGCCAACUCUUUAAUAUAAUUUCUUUCGUUUUAA